AUGGUAUCUUUAAAAAGGAUGGCACAUAAUGAAGUAGACUUUAAAUCUCGGACUCGAAAACGUUUAAAAAGAAUAAAGUCUGCUGAUCGUCUCUCCACAAAAGUGUCAGAAAGUAACAUCGAUUUAGGCAAGUCAAAUCAACCUUGCAGCGGUAAUAUGGAACAUCCCAUAAAAGAAAAGUAUGACCGUAAAUUAAAAAAGGAGGAGUCAAUAAAUAGAAUACCAAAGUUGUUGAUUACCAGUCUGCCAUGUACUGUCAAUAACUCGAUUUUGAAGGACAUUUUCCCAUCUGCUAUUCGUGUAAAGUUGCGUAGUACAGCUGCCUCGAAGCACGCACUCCUAGAAUUUUCCAGUAAUGACGAUUACUUAGAUGCUAAGAAUCGAUUAAAGUCAAUUAAAUUUGAUGGCGUCAAACCAAGUUAUCGAACGGUUGUUGGACACACAGAAAAUGCUAUCCAGUCUAAUCUGUCAAAAAAAUUUGUAACUAAUAGUCCUAACUGUUUAAUUAUACGAAAUUUGCCGUACUCACUUACUGCAACUGAGAUUAAAGAACACUUCCCAUUGGCCAGUCGUAUUCAUUUAGAUGUAAAUAAACUUGGAAUAUUUAAUGGUUCUUGUAUAUUAGAAAUGAAAAAUGAGGAAGAUCUUCAAAUUGUUGUAAACGAAUGUAAACAUAAAUAUAUUAAUGAUCGGCUGGUUAGAGCGAAUCUACAGUGUGAGUCGAAGUCGUCCAAAUCUGCCGACUCAAGUAUGAGUUAUGGUUUAAAACUUAAAAACGUACCCAAUGUGAUCGAAGAUGAUCAUAUCAAAGCAUUAUUUUCUGAAACAUCUUCAAUUGAUUUAAGCUCGGCACCAGUUAAAGACUCCAAUACUAGAAAUGUGUUCAUAUUCUUCAAAAAAAAUGCUCAGCGUAAUGCAGCUUUAAAAAUGUUCAAGAAUGAAGUUGUUAUGGGUUACCAAAUUUCCUGUCGAUUAUGGGUUCCUGCCAAUCGAAGGCACAGAUCUCAGAAAAAUAAAAUAAAGAAAGAGGUGAACAAUGCGGCUAUAAAUCAUGAAUUCCAUAAGAAUAAAGUAAAACUGAAUAUGAAAGGAUGUAUGGAUGUAUCUUCAUCAGUUCCUAAGAAAUUAGUAUUUGAUUCGGAUGGGGAAUAA